CAGCUAUUCGCCACAGGCUACGGCGGUCCAUUCAAAGCCCCGAAAUAAACCGCUGAAAUAGAAAAACAAAAGCGAAAUGAAAUCAUCGUUUCGAAACGUCUACUGCUCCCUCUCUCGCUACUUAAACCCUACUCCCAAUCUCUAUCCCAUUUCUCACUCUCUUCCUUUCGUAUCGACCUCUCUAUCCCUUCGUCUCUUUGUUUCGUAUCCCCAAAACGAAUCAUUUCGCUCUUUCUGUUCCUCCCCUUCCAUGGCGGGCACUAACUCUUCUCCUCCAUCUCUCGAGAACCAGUUCAAGGAGUUCCGUACGCAACUAGAAGAAUCCGGAAACUUACGUGAGAAGAUUCGAGCAGUGGUAGUAGAGAUCGAGUCCGCCACCAGACUAAUGCACGCCAGUCUCCUUCUCGUCCACCAGUCCCGCCCCGUUUCAGAGGUUUUAGAGGAGGCCAAAGCUCAAAUUGGAGUUCUAAAAGGACUGUAUAAUCAGCUUGCAGAAAUUAUUCAUGGUUGUUCCGAUCAAUACUAUAGGUAUCAUGGAGAUUGGAGAACCGAAACACAGACCGUAGUUUCUAUGCUUGCUUUUCUGCACUGGUUAGAGACUGGGAAUUUGCUGUUGCAUUCUGAAGCUGAGGAAAAACUUGGGUUGAAUAGUUCAGAGUUUGGUUUGGACAUUGAGGACUAUCUUAUUGGUGUUUGCUUCAUGUCAAAUGAAAUGCCUAGAUAUGUGGUGAACCGAGUAACUGCUGGAGACUAUGAUUGCCCAAGAAAGGUGCUGAAGUUCUUAACAGAUCUUCAUGAAGCCUUCCGCAUGCUUAAUUUCCGGAAUGAUUUUCUGCGCAAGAAGUUUGACGGUAUGAAAUAUGACUUAAGAAGAGUCGAGGAAGUGCAUUAUGAUGUUAAGAUUCGCGGUCUGGCAGCUAAUGGCAAUUCAACUGCAGACCAAGGAGUUGAAGGUCAGUCAUAGGCUAUAAAGAGACAUUCUACCUGUCGACUCUGGUUAUCUCAAUUACUUCUGUAUAUUCACUCUUUUAAAUGAUAUGAAGGAUUGGUUUUAUCAACCAUUAACCAAAUGAUAAUCCAGAUUUUCAUAGUCCUGGGAAAAGAUGCUCUGCUAUUUCUCCCUUCCCCCUUUGUCCUUACUCAAGUUAUGGGAUUUUAAUUCUCUGUCACUGGCAUUACGUCCGGAGUUGAACAACUGAUGCUUUUAGUUUUCCUUAACUGAACUUAAGGGUGUUUUUGACUCUGUAUCAAUCGCUCCCCUGGACAACAUGAAGUUUAGGAUCAUUUGUGAAGGCGAAGUCAAUAAAUGACAAUGUCCAAGUUCUGUUCUUAGUAAGCAAACGCUAUCGUCAUCAUCACUGAUGGGUGUUUUUGUCACCAAUACCAUUACCUCUUUGUGAUUGUAACAUGGUAGAUCAUACUGGAGCGAGCUUCACUGCCAUCCUUUUUGGUUUUGCUGUGAGAUAGUAUAAUGAUUUUAUUUUUAUGCCUCUAUUAGUUCUGUUCUUGUUUUUAUCAAGCAUGUGAUACCACUAGUAGCAGAUUUUUAUUUUCUUAUCCUUAUUUCACUGGUAAU